AUGCCUCACACUUUGCUCAACUCUUCCACCGAGUACACCCCUGCCGAUGAUGCUUCCAAGGCCAUGGGCGAGAUCUUCAAACUCCCCGCAGAACCCAAGACCGAGCUCGGACGAUACCGUAUUCUCUCUCCCUCUGCAGCCAUCAGGGUCUCACCCCUCUGCCUUGGUGCUAUGAGUCUCGGUAACCAGUGGACUGGUGUUAUGGGCGCCGGACCCGACUUUGAAGAAUCUUGCAAGCUUCUCGACACUUUCUACGAAGCUGGUGGGAAUUUCAUCGAUACUGCCAACAACUACCAAGAUGAGCAGUCCGAGAUGAUCGUCGGCGAGUGGAUGGAGAAGAGGCAGAUCAGAGAUGAGAUUGUUCUCGCUACCAAGUACUCUACCUACGCGCUUGACAGGAAAGAAGGCAAGUUUCAAGGUAUUGCAGCCAACUACGUUGGAAACCACAAGAAGAACCUUAUCUUGACGGUUGAUUCCUCUCUCAAGAAGCUCAGGACCAACUAUAUCGACUUGCUCUAUGUCCAUUGGUGGGACUAUAGCACCUCCAUUCCGGAGUUGAUGCAGUCCCUCAACGACGUCGUCAAGAGCGGCAAAGUUCUCUACCUCGGCAUCUCCGACACUCCUGCUUGGAUCGUCUCGCAGGCCAACGAAUACGCCCGUCAGCACGGUCUCUCACAAUUCGUCGUUUAUCAAGGCCUUUGGAAUGUCAGUGUCCGUGAUUUGGAGCGGGAUGUCAUUCCUAUGUGUCGCGCCAAUGGCAUGGGUCUCGCUCCUUGGGGUGCACUCGGACGAGGAAAGUUCAAAUCCCCCGAAGAGCUUCAAAAACAAUCCACCUGGCGAGGCGGUUCGCCUCCCUCUGAGAGGGACCUCAAGGUGUCGAAGACAUUGCAAGAAGUAGCUGAGGAAGUUGGGGGUGGCGUUAGGGCUGCUAAUGUGGCGAUGGCCUGGGUUAGGCAGGCCCUCAAGAUUCACCUCACCCAGGAUCAGAUUGACAAGCUCUCCAAAGCUUCCGAAUUUGAUCUUGGAUUCCCAAUGAAUUACUUCGGUACUGAUGCUCAUUAUUUGCCUGAAGGAAAGCCUAACACUUUUGUUCUCAAUGCGGCCGCGCAUCUGAAGUUCACAAGCUUCCCUUAG